AACCCCUUGACCUCUUACAGCCACCCAGCCGCCACCGCGAGAACCGCCUUCUCUCUCUCUCUCUCUCUCUCUCUCUCUCUCUGCCCUCUUCGGAUUCCGUCAUUUUUUACAUCUCCCCCAAAUUCAGAAGCAUAGGAGUGAAAGAGAGGGAGAACUCAAGCGCUUGGAUCCACCAUGGCCUCCCCCAAGGACCGCGAUAAUUUUGUCUACAUUGCUAAGCUCGCGGAACAAGCUGAACGCUAUGAAGAGAUGGUGGAAGCGAUGAAGAAGCUGGCGAAUCUGGACGUGGACUUGACGGUGGAGGAGAGGAACUUGCUUUCAGUUGGGUACAAGAACGUGAUUGGCGCUCGGAGAGCGUCGUGGAGGAUCUUGUCGUCGCUUGAGCACAAGGAGGAAGCCAAAGGCAACGAAGCCAACGCCAAGCGGAUCAAGGAAUACAGGCACAAGGUGGAAUCGGAGCUCUCCGGCAUUUGCAGUGAUAUCAUGGCUGUGUUGGAUGAACAUCUGAUUCCUUCUUCUUGUGCUGGAGAGUCCUCUGUUUUCUACUACAAAAUGAAAGGGGACUAUUAUCGAUAUCUUGCUGAGUUCAAGACUGCUAAUGAGAAGAAAGAGGCUGCUGACCACUCACUUAAGGCAUACGAGAUGGCCUCUACUACUGCAAACACUGAUUUACCUCCCACUCAUCCUAUUCGACUGGGUCUGGCCUUGAAUUUCUCUGUAUUCUAUUACGAAAUUAUGAACUCACCUGAAAGGGCCUGCCAUCUGGCAAAGCAAGCUUUUGAUGAAGCUAUUUCUGAGCUGGACAGCCUAAGUGAGGAAUCCUACAAAGAUAGCACUUUAAUUAUGCAGUUAUUAAGAGACAACCUCACUUUGUGGACUUCUGACAUCCCUGAAGAUGGAGAUGACAACAAGAUGGAGGCCUCCGCGAAAGCUGGAGGUAACGACAACGAGUGACCAGUGGAAGUUACAUGCAUGAGAGAGCGAGAGCCCUCCCUUUGCAUCAUAUCCUAAAGCUAAAAGGUCGGUCGACUGGGCGAUCCUUCCAGCAGCUCCAUUCCUCUGCUUCUUCUAUCGUUGGUUCAUUUGUUUUUAAGUUCAGCUGCAUGCAUCAUGUUCAUUGGACCUUGCCUUGCAUUGCAUUAGAACUCCAUUGGCAACGCAAUGGCUUAAUUUGUGAUUAUAAAGAAUUGACUACUCAUUAGUUUGUAAUUAUAUAAACAUGCAUGCAACUUGAUUUAACUAACUAGCUACUUAUGAAUCUUACAAUGUGAAUGUAGCCAUAAAUUAUUUUUAUUCCCA